AUGGAGACCACCACAGCCCACCUCAUCAGCAUGGAGCUCAACAUGACCCAACUAAUCACCAUCACCAUGGAGACCAUCACAGCCCAAGCCAUCCCCAUCACCAUGGAGACCACCACAGCCCAACUCAUCCCCAUCCCCAUGGAGACCACCACAGCCCAACUCAUCCCCAUGGAGACCACCACAGCCCAAGAAACCCCCAUCGCCAUGGAGACCUCCACAGCCCAAGCCAUCCCCAUCGCCAUGGAGACCACCACAGCCCAACUCAUCCCCAUCCCCAUGGAGACCACCACAGUCCAACCCAUCACCAUGGAAACCACCAAAGUCAAACUCAUCCCCAUAGAGACCACCACAGCCAAAUUCAUCCCCAUGGAGACAACCACAGCCCAAGCCACCUCCAUCACCAUGGAGACCUCCACAGCCCAACUCAUCCCCAUCACCAUGGAAACCACCACAGCCCAACCCAUUCCCAUCACCAUGGAGACCACAACAACCCAAGCUACCCCCAUCACCAUGGAGACCAUCACAGCCCAACACAUCCCCAUCAACAGGGAGAUCACCUCAGCCUGA